UCGACGACUCAUCCAUAUUAAUCUCGACAUUUUACGUGUAUGUAGAAAGCCAACGGAUCGAGGAGAAUGUCUUCUUCAUCACUAUCGCUUCAGUCAGCUGUUGAUGGUGCUGUACCAACUCGCCAAAAGGAAGUCGGUGCAAUAGUAGGUCGAGCCUCAGAAAGCUUCCAUCCAACAAUUUGGGGCGAUUGCUUCAAUGGCAAAGUUGACCUCUCGCUCCAGACUAACAAAAUGAGACACCCCAAGUACCAAGCUCUCAAGGAAGAGGUGAGGAAGAUGGUGGUGGAUGAUGCAGUAAGUGGAGAUGAUGAUCAGGAGGCAACAAUUGCCAACAAGCUCCAACUGAUAGAUACGAUCCAACGUUUAGGCGUCGGGUAUCACUUUGAAAUGGAAAUUGAUGAAGCCCUUGAAAAAGUACAUGCUUUUGGAGAUGACUUAUUUAUCAAUAUCGAUGAUAACAAUACUGCCGAUCUCUACUAUGCGGCUCUAAAGUGUCGACUGCUCAGACAACAAGGCUUUUCGGUUUCACUAGAUGGAUUUAAGAAGUUGAAGGACAAUGAAGGACUAUUCAAGGAAGGGUUGGCAUCAGAUGAGCAAGGACUGGUGAGCUUGUACGAGGCAACGCACAUGACGAUCAAUGGAGAGAUCAUAUUGGAUGAAACCCUAACUUUUACGACGACGACCUCAAGUCAAUCCUCACAGAUAAUAUCCUCAACCACUCAUUCCAAAAGAAAAUUGGCUUUGCCCUUCACUUUCCGGUUUGGAAAUGCAUCCCAAGGUUGCUUACUAGGCAUUACAUCGAGUGUGUUCAAUGCAUCCAACUCAAAAACUAGUCUUAAGGUGUCGAAUUUUGAAUUUUAAUUUGUAGAAUUAGUGUAAUAUGAUGAUAUAACAUUUGAUAACAACUAAUUACCGGUCCCUAAGCCCUAGAUCUCCAAUUUUGAGUUCUAUCCCUAAACCCCAAAUUGUAAACCCUAACGCUAACCCUAAAUCUCUAAACUCUAAAUCCUUCAAAUUAAAGUAAAAUUUUAAU